AUGCCAGGGAUCUUUCAGGAUCUGCAGCCCUGCCUGGACCAGGGAAAGAAGGCUCACGAGGAGAUCCAGAAGAAGCAUGGGCCGGACUCAGCGGCCAAGAUUGAGGGGCACUGCACCUUUGUGUGGGACUGGGUCCGGGAAGAGAUGCCUCUCGAGAAUGAUGAGGGCACCGCUUUAGAAGAGUCAGUUCGCGAAAUCGUCGCGAACUCUUGCUGUCAGCCAGCUCCGAAGGUGGAGAUUACACCGGUGGAGACCGAGGACGUUCUCGUCUUCGCCGACCAAGCAGGGCUUUGUCAGAAGCUCCUGGAGAAAGCGCCGGAGGGGCGAGUGGGAACCAAGAAGGUUAUCACCAAGCCUCCGCGGUUGCUUACUCAGGAGGACUGCGAGACACUGCUGUCGAAGGGAAAGUAUGACCUUCUGGUACUGGGAUGCCCAUUAGAUCCACCGAAGAGCAACAGCACUGCAGACGUCAUCGCGCAGCAGUCGGCAGUGGACAAGUUCCUCUUCCUCUUGCUUCAGUCGAUGAUGAAGCAUGAGGGCUGCGUGCAGCGGUUGGCGGUGCUCACUCAUGACACCUUCACAGUGGAGGAAGCUUCACACAAGCAGCGCGGUCGUGGGAGCGUGGCUGAGGAAUAUCUCGACCGCCCGGACAUGAUCCCACCUUUGUCCUCGGAGCUGUUUAGGCUAGGCACUUUCGGGGUCAACACCGUCAGGCAGUGCUGGCCCUACCCGAUCUAUCGGGGCAUCCGCCACGACCGCCCGCAUGGGCGCUUUGUCUACAGGCAGUUCCUGUCGCGGGAGUACGAGACGAAGGCCUCAAAGCCAUGGGAUGUGCCCAGCGAGGGCAUCAUCGCCAUCUCCGGCGGUAACGGCGCUUUGGGUCUGGCCAGGGCCCUGGUCAUGGGCUCCUGGCUGCUGGAGCGGGCAGAGAAGCAGAUGAAAGCCAGCGGUGGCAAGUACAAGCCCGGCUUCUCCAUUCAGUUCAUGUCCCGAUCGGCCAAAAUCAGCGACCUCAACAUCCCGCUGUGGAACAAGGUCCAAAGCAAGGCAGAUGCCCUGGGCGUCUCCGUGUUGCAGGGCAAGAUGGACAUGGGCUCCCAGGCGGCCGUCGACAAGUUCGUGCAGGAGGUGUCGCCGAACCUGACGGGCUUCAUCCACUCUGCAGGUGUCCUGCAGGACUCUAUGCUGCCCAACCAGACCUGGGAGAAGUUCGAGGCGGUCUACGACUCCAAGCAUCGCGCAGCGCUCUUUCUGCACGACGCGCUGGAGAGGUUCAGCAAUCCGAACCUCCGAUUCUUCUGGGUGUUCUCCUCAACGUCUGCCUACGGAAACAUGGGGCAGGUGAAUUACUCUGCUUCCAACGCCUGCCUCGACGGUCUGGCAAGGCACCGUGUGGCGAUGGGCAAGCCUUGCACCGCCAUCCACUGGGGCGCGUGGGGCGAGGCACCACUUGGUCUUGUGCUGUUGAAAGUUGAGCUGCUGUUUCGACAUUAG